UACUGUCAGUCUCUCUUCCUAGUCUUCUUCUUCUCCUGCACAUCUUCCUCCAAAAAUGGCCAUGGCCUCCACUUUCAUCAACCCUAAUUUCUCCUCCAUCUCCUGUUCCUCCUCCUCCUCCUCCUCCUCCUCCUUCGCUCCCAAGCUCCGCCCCGUUUCCUCCUCCUCCUCCUCCUCCUCCUCCCGCCGCACCCCGAAGCCUCCCGCCUUCCGCCGCAUCUCCUCCCGAUCUCCCCCCAAACACGCCUCCUCCUCCUCCUCCUCCGCCGUCACAUGCUCCGCCCCUCCCCCUCCCCCUCCCACUCCCGCUCCCUCCCGCCGGCCCCCCUACAUCCCCAACCGCAUCCCCGACCCCAACUACGUCCGCAUCUUCGACACCACCCUCCGCGACGGCGAGCAGUCCCCCGGCGCCACCAUGACCUCCAAGGAGAAGCUCGACAUCGCCCGCCAGCUCGCCAAGCUCGGCGUAGACGUCAUCGAGGCUGGCUUCCCCGCCGCCUCCGAGGACGACUUCGCGGCCGUCAAGGCCAUCGCCCUCGAGGUGGGCAACGCGGUGGACGCCUCCGGCUACGUGCCCGUCAUCUGCGGGCUCUCCAGGUGCAACGAGAAGGACAUCAGGUCCGCCUGGGAGGCCGUCCGGUUCGCCAAGCGGCCGAGGGUGCACACGUUCAUCGCCACCAGCGGGAUCCACAUGGAGUAUAAACUGAAGAAGAGCAAGGAAGAGGUGAUCGACAUUGCCCGGAGGAUGGUGGGGUUCGCCCGGAGCUUAGGGUGCGAUGAUGUCGAGUUCAGCCCUGAGGAUGCUGGCAGAUCGGAUAGAGAGUUUCUCUAUGAAAUUCUGGGUGAAGUUAUCAAGGCAGGUGCCACAACUCUCAACAUUCCCGACACUGUGGGUAUUACUAUGCCUGAAGAGUUUGGUAAACUGAUAGCUGACAUAAAAGCGAAUACACCUGGAAUAGAAAAUGUUAUCAUUUCCACACACUGCCAAAACGAUCUUGGUCUUUCAACAGCCAACACCAUAGCGGGCGCAUGUGCUGGGGCAAGACAAGUGGAAGUAACAAUUAAUGGCAUUGGUGAAAGAGCUGGAAAUGCUUCUUUGGAAGAGGUGGUAAUGGCCUUAAAAUGCAAAGGGGAGCACGUAUUGGGAGGUCUUUACACAGGAAUCAAUACUCGUCAUAUUGUCAUGACUAGCAAAAUGGUAGAAGAGUACUCAGGCUUGCAUGUACAACCUCAUAAAGCUAUUGUUGGAGCUAAUGCCUUUGCUCAUGAAAGCGGCAUCCAUCAGGACGGAAUGCUGAAACACAAAGGUACAUAUGAAAUUAUAUCUCCUGACGAUAUUGGACUUGAGCGAUCCAAUGAGGCAGGCAUUGUCCUUGGAAAAUUGAGUGGGCGCCAUGCUUUGAAAAUGAAACUUGUAGAGCUUGGUUAUGAUAUUGAUGGUGAUCAACUGGACAAUAUCUUCUGGCGGUUUAAGGCAGUAGCUGAGCAGAAAAAGAGAGUUACUGAUGCUGACAUAAGAGCCCUGGUAUCAGAUGAAGUUUUCCAACCAGCGGUUGUAUGGAAGCUUCUUGAUUUACAGGUUACAUGUGGAACUCUUGGUCUUUCGACGGCAACUGUAAAACUUAUCAGUGCUGAUGGGAAAGAGCAUAUUGCUUGCUCUGUCGGUACUGGACCUGUGGAUUCGGCAUACAAGGCUGUUGAUCUAAUUGUUAAGGUACCUGCAGCGCUUCUCGAGUACUCCAUGACCGCCGUCACAGAGGGCAUUGACGCAAUAGCCACAACCCGAGUUUUGAUCCGUGGCGAAAACAAUCACACAUCUACACAUGCUUUAACUGGGGAGACUGUACACAGAACCUUCAGUGGUGCCGGGUCGAGCAUGGAUAUUGCUGUUUCAAGUGUGAAGGCCUAUAUUGGUGCAUUAAACAAGAUGUUGGGUUUCAUGGAGCAGACUCCAUCAGAUGUUCCUGCAGAGAGAACCCCAGUGUCCGUGUAAACAUGCCUGACGACUAGUAGUUGCAUCUCCCAUAUACGUGGUGACAGCAUGAUGAGUCCUCGAGUCUUGUCCAUACACUCCUGGCCAAAUGUCUUAAAGAAAUCUAUUAAUCAAUGGGGAGACAUUUUCAACCACUUCGUUCCCCAAAAGCAGUGAAGAAAAACCAUUCCUAUGUUGGUGAGUUAGCCUCAACUUCCUGAGCAUAUGUUUGAGGGGCGUUUUAGCUGUGUAAUAUAGACUAGACAUAAGUUGGUGUGUCCAAUUAGUGAGCUGUUUAGAUGUGCCAAUACAUCUUUGUUUCCUUGUUUCCCUAUUCUGAAGGAUUGGAAUUUUAACUCGAUUUCAAGCUCUCCUAAGUUAGCUGCAAUUUUCGACGAGUAGUGUCGUGCGUAUGAGAGAACUUAUUCAUCUUUAUUAGAUGUGCAAUUCUAAAAUGACACUCUUAACGUCGGCCAGCUUCGAUUUGUUCUCCCUCCACCAUUUUGAAACUCCAAAGCUUUGUUCAACCAUCAUAUAGCGGGAGGUGGGACACAGAUCAGGUCAGCUGAGUUUUUGGCAAUGAAGAUAAAGCAUUUGCCUAUGAUUUCUACCCUCAUUUCUUCAGCAUAUUAUUCUCCUCUGUGCGAGUCUUUGAGGUGCGGUUAAAAAACAUCUUCGAAGAUACCGUGCUCGUCUAUGUCUAGUUGAGCCAGAGACGGACCUAAGGGGCCCUGCUGGGUGCCGUUUAGUGCAACUUUUAUGAAUUCUUCAUUGUAUUUUUAUGACAAUUUUUAGUAAAAUUUCUU